CUCGGUUUGCACAGAGCGGUCCACACCAGUGGAAACGCGACUCUCCAAAGCAGCAUCCCUUUCUUCUUGUCUCCCUUCUCCACUUCGAAACAGGACCACAGCCUUGUAAGACCUGAAAGGCGUCAUGUGACUCUGCAUCUGCUCUCGGUUGAGGCCAGGUAGCAACACAGCGAGGGCGAGAGAAAGACAGAGAGAGAGAGAGAGAGAGAGAGAGAGAGAGAGAGAGAGAGAAGGGGCUGAGGAGGAGCUUGGCGCGAUAAGAUUUGCUUCACGCAGCAUCAGCAUCAAAAACUUGUAGUCCAUCCAUUCAUCGUUAUAUCUCUUUCCGGCGCACUUGCUUUUGCGAACAUACACUGGCGUUUAAUUGUGUUUUUCCCCCAUUAGAAGGUGCACAGGUACAUCCCACGGUUAAUACUCGGUUUUUGCUGAGUUGAUUAUGGUCACAACCCCCACGGUGCCAAGGUGGAGCCACCGCGCGUAUCUCGGAUCGGUGCGCUUCUCCAGGGGCUGGGAUGCGCACCGGGCACCUCUCGCUUCCUGCCAAGUUUCGGGUCUGAGCAGGAGUCCAGCGCUGCCUCUGGGCGCCGAGGCAGAAGGACCCAGUCGACCCGGAGCAGGAUGCCGGUGAUGAGAGGGCUGCUGGCCCCGCAAAACACCUUCCUGGACACCAUCGCUACACGCUUUGAUGGCACCCACAGCAACUUUGUUCUGGGAAACGCCCAGGUGCAGUCACUCUACCCCAUCGUCUACUGCUCUGAUGGUUUCUGCGAGCUCACUGGUUACGCCCGGGCCGAGCUCAUGCAGAAGAGCUGUGCUUGUCACUUCCUGUACGGCCCAGAAACAAGUGACCGGUUGACGGCCCAGAUCCAAGGAGCCCUGGAUGAUAGGAGGGAGUUCAAAACUGAGUUAAUCUUCUACAAGAAGGAAGGUACACAGUUCUGGUGUCUUCUGGACAUUGUACCCAUUAAGAAUGAAAAGAGUGAGGUGGUUUUGUUCCUUGUGUCCCACAAAGACAUCACUGACAAGAAGAAGGACCAGGAUCCUGAGCAAGGACCUGAGACAGAUGAGGAGACAGGUCUGGAGGUGCAUCAGGUAACUCGCCCUCCAGGCUUCAAUGCCAACCGGCGCCGCAGCAGAGCUGUUCUCUAUCACCUGUCUGGACACCUGCAGAAACAAGACAAGAGCAAGCUUAAGAUCAACAAUAACAUGUUCGGAGAGAAGCCUCCAAUCCCAGAGUACAAGGUUGCAGCUAUUCAGAAAUCUCGCUUCAUCCUUCUCCACUAUGGGACCUUUAAGGCUGGCUGGGAUUGGUUGAUUCUGCUGGCGACCUUCUACGUAGCCGUCACCGUGCCCUACAACGUGUGUUUCACCGUGGUAGGCGGGCGGGAUGAAGGGAGCAGCAGUGCCCCACGAAGCCCACCCAGUGUCAGUGACAUCCUUGUAGAGAUACUGUUUAUUUUAGACAUAUUGCUGAACUUUCGAACAACUUUUGUGAGCACGUCCGGUCAGGUGGUGUAUGACGCCCGCUCCAUCUGUGUUCACUACGUCACCACCUGGCUCUUUGUCGAUCUCAUUGCUGCCCUGCCCUUUGACCUGCUGUAUGCUUUCAACGUCAGCGUGUACUUUGGCGUUCACCUGCUGAAGACAGUUCGGCUGCUUCGUCUGCUGCGGCUGCUGCAGAAACUGGAGCGGUACUCACAGUACAGCGCUGUGGUUCUCACUCUGCUCAUGUCCAUGUUCGCUCUACUGGCCCACUGGAUGGCGUGUGUCUGGUACUUCAUAGGUCGCAGGGAGAUUGAAAGUCCUGGCUCCUGGGAUAUUGGAUGGCUUCAUGAGCUGGCCAAGCGCCUGGGUAGCCCCUACUUCCUGACAGCGUCGGCCCCCACCACAGUCAGCAGCAUCCCGACCAACAUCAGUCAGUGGAAUGCGUCAGGGUCAGAGGUCGCAGGGCAGGGCUCCUGGAACUCCAGCCAAUAUUACACAAACAUGUCAGGAGGCGAAGUCGUGUCGGGGACAGACACUGCAGCUGGCAGUUUUGGGGUGCUGGGUGGUGGCCCGUCUAUGCGGAGUAGCUAUGUGACAUCACUCUACUUUGCUUUGAGCAGUCUUACCAGUGUGGGCUUUGGAAAUGUGUCAGCCAACACAGACUCAGAGAAGAUCUUCUCCAUCUGCACCAUGCUCAUAGGAGCACUGAUGCAUGCGGUGGUGUUUGGCAAUGUGACAGCGAUCAUCCAGAGGAUGUACUCACGCCGUUCACUCUACCACACCCGCACCAAGGACCUGAAGGACUUCAUCAGGGUGCAUCGGCUGCCCAAAGCCAUGGAGCAGCGCAUGCUGGAGUGCUUCCAGACCACAUGGUCGGUCAACAAUGGAAUAGACGUUAGUGAGCUACUGAAGGACUUUCCAGAUGAGCUGAGGGCCGAUAUCGCCAUGCACCUGAACAAGGAGUUGCUCCAGCUUCCUCUGUUUGAGUCUGCCAGCAGGGGCUGCCUGCGCUCCCUGUCCCUCAUUAUCAAGACCUCCUUCUGUGCUCCGGGAGAGUUCCUUAUCCGGCAAGGAGACGCCCUGCAGGCCAUCUACUUUGUCUGCUCGGGGUCCAUGGAGGUUCUGAAAGACAACACUGUGUUGGCCAUAUUGGGUAAAGGAGAUUUGAUUGGUUCAGACUCCUUGACGAAGGAGCAGGUGAUCAAGACCAAUGCCAACGUCAAGGCCCUGACCUACUGUGACCUGCAGUACAUCAGCCUGAAGGGCCUCCGCGAGGUCCUCCGACUCUACCCCGAGUAUGCCCAGAAGUUCAUCAGCGAGAUACAGCACGACCUCACGUACAAUCUGCGGGAGGGCCAUGGAGCCGAUGUGGACUGGGAGAGCAACGGCGGUUUGGUGAAGAAGCUGCCGUCAAUCCGUGAGGACGAAGAGGGUGACGAAGAGCAGAACUCUGUGUCACGUGCUCCUCGCUCCCCUCUGCGUCUCAGCAGGGGGCUCAGCUCGCCCCUGCGCUCCCCCCUCCUGCCGCCCAGACCGUUCCGCGCUCCCUCCGAACAUUCCCGCCCCACCACCCUGCAGAUACCCGUGGUCAGCUUCAGCAGUGCUCCGCCCGAACUCAGCCCAAGAUUCGUGGAUGGCAUUGAAACAGAGAGCAAUUCCACCUCAUCGCAGAGGUUUGAGUUCAGUCCCAGCCUGUCACCUGCAGCACCACCCUCCCCAUACCCAGGGAUCCGGGAGCACUCAGAGAUCAAGCAGAGUGUGUCUAAACUAACUGAGGAGAUGAACUGUCUCUCUGAACAAGUCUCCAAGCUCAGUCAAGAGCUGCAGGAAAUGACACGCCUGCUUAAGCCACUCCUCCAAACAGCAUCGCCGCCAGCCCUGGCCACCAUGAUGCCAAAUUUAACCCCACCCCCUAGCAGCACAAGCCAGCUGUCAACAAGCACCUAUCUCGUGUUGCCACCCCCUGCCCUGUCUUGUUCCCUCCAGAGACCAGACACUCAUUCGCUGUUGGACAGUGGAGACAUAGAGGGUGUGGAUUUGCCAGGAUGCCUUCUCCCAACUCAUCAUUCACCAAAAAGGCCUAAUUCGCCUUCUGCAGCAUCACCACAGACAGCAUCCAAACCCACAGGGGGAAACACCAAGAACCACAGCCACUCAAACCCUCCCUCACCCGCGGAAGGACUUCCUGAGGGUUCCCCAGUCCUCCAAAGCCUCCACACUUCCUCCAGUAAUGGGAUAUUGUUGCCUUCACUGCAGGACCAGCCUCCCUUGGCCUCUCACACCCCAUCACCUUCUCUAUCCUUCUCCAUGUCUCUCUGCUCCUCGCCAUCCCUUUCCCCCUGUCAAGGCCCCCACCCUUCCCGACCUGGCAGCUGUGCCAGCAGAGGCCUACUCCCCCCGCCUCCCUCCCAAGACACACCUCCUCCCCCGUCUUCCCACUGCUCUGCUCCCCCAUCACUCACAUCCUCCCCUGGACAUUUUCGGCUGAGGUCUUCCCCUUCUGUCCCUCUUGUAUCCCCCACUGUCUCCCUUCAUCCCUCCACCCACUCCCUGCCAGUGUCUCUGGACUUUGUUAGUGCAAGGACAAUGCAGGGAGAUACCCAGACUCCAAUUUGGUCUAAGCCACGAUUGCACCAUAGGGAGGCCAGACCCAUCACUCAUCCCCAGGAGCUGGAGAUGCAGGAAUGGGGACAACACGUGGAGGUGGGGAAGACAGAGAGAGAGCACAUCAGCUUCAUUGAUGAAGAGGAGCCAGUGUUAUGAGUGAUUUGAAACGUGAUGAUAAAGUAGCAGAGAAUGAAAGAGAUGGAAACAAUGGUACAAUGAGAUCCGAUCAGGGAAACCAAAGGCUGGAUGAUGGAACGUAAACAGAUAGCUGGUACUUUCCACACAGGAUGCGAUUUGUCCGGUGGGAAAGGCUAAAAGGACAGACAGGUAAACAAAAACACUUGGGAUGCCAAGACACAGCGCCAGGUGUCAGCAAAACAGUAUGAAGGAGUCCUUUUCUCCACUGAUCAACAACAGAACUACAACAGCACAAAUUGUCUUACAGUUUCAACACUUCAGUAGCAUCAGGCGAUCCCUGCAGCAAAUGGGACCGGACCGGACACUUAGGCCUGGAGCACAACUUUUUAACUGGCUCCACUGAUCUCUGGAGCCUAAUUUAGCUCUUUCUAACUAACUGAACAUACAGUUUUGCUUUGAAAACCCAAUAUAGAUAUCUCCAUAAAGGGCAGGUACAAACUUACAUAUCUCAGCAGGAAAGACGUCUUUACCCAAGACAGAUAAUCCGAGCCACCACACUGGGACUGGGAAUGUAAACACUUCAAUCAGUCACAUCAGGUCACCUUGCCUGGAAAGCCAGUUUGCGUCAUUAGUGGGAUUAUUUUUAAAGAGAUGCGACUAUCUGCCUCUGGGCUGGUGGGGGUAAACACUCAGUUGACAUAAAUCCAUUUCUGUACAGAGUUCAGAGUCUGUACAACCCCUGGUCUAAAAAGAAAAAGUUGGGUGCUAUGUAAAAUAGAAAUGAAAACAGAAUGCAAUCAUUUGCAAAUCCUCUUUGACCUAUACUCAGUGUAAUUAAGUAUAAAGAGCAGAUAUUAAAUAUUCAAGCUUCUGGAGAACUAAGGGAGGCAGAGCUUUUGCCAUUAGGGCCCCAAGGCUCUGGAAUGACCUGCUCAAGGAAAUAAGGCUGACAGAGUCAGUGUUAUCAGAACACGUAUCCUGAUUUUAUCUGAGCUGCCUGUUAAUUUUUUAUUUAUUUCUUUUAACGUUGCCCUUCAUCUUUUUUUGAAUUGCUCUUUUUGAUAUUUUAUUUAUUUCGGCUCAAUAAAUGAAGUUCUUAUUAGUUAUUAAUGAACUAAUUAACAGACUCAUUCUGACUUUGCCUACAACGUGUUCCAAAAAAGUUAGAAGACUGUCAUGUUUACCACCGUAUUCCAUCAGCUUCUCUUUUAGCAACACUAAUUGUUGAAGCAGUUUGUUUGUUGAGUUCCAUUUCUUACUGGAUAUACAACCUUGGUUGCUCAUCCAUCUGUGGUCUCUGUUGUCUUAUUUAUUUUUCAGAGACAGGUUUGGACUGCAGGCAGGUCAGUUUAAUACAGGCCCUCCUUUACUACAAAGCCACACUGUUGUAACAUUUGCAGACUGUGGCUUGGCAUUAUGUUGCUGGAGUAACCUGGGACUGGCAUUCACUGCUGGCUUUUGGCCUUCCCUCUUAGGUAGAGAUUUAUCCAGAUUCUUCUGAUGAUAUUAAUUCAGUUCAAUUCAGUUUAUUUAUCUAGCACCAAAUCACAACAACAGUUGUCUCAUGACACUUUCCAAUUAGAGCAGGUCUAGAGCUAACUUAAAUUGAUUUUUAGAGAGACCCAGCAAGAUUGAUUGUUGACUAUCUUCUCACACAGUGUUUCACAAAGUGGUGAACCUGUCCCCCUCGCUUGUGAAUGACAAAGCCUUUCAAGGAUGCCCCUUUCAAACCCAUUCAGGAUAGCAUCACCUGUUACCUGUGGAAUAUUCCAAACAGGCUUCUUCUGAGCAGUACACAACUUUCCCAUUAUCGCCACUGUCCCAACUUCCUUGAAAAGUAUUGGUGGCAUCAAAUUUAGAAUAAGCAUACAUUUAAAAAAAUCAAAGACGUUGAUGAGGUGAAACAUCAAAUACAUUGUCUUUGUACUGUUUUCAGUUGAGUGUAUGUCAAAAUGAUUCACAAACUAUCACUUUCUGUUUUUUGUAUGUAACCAUAUAUAACUGUUAAUCACCAUCAUGACUGUUUACAACCAACUUAUAAGAUUGUACAGCAAACUCCCGCGUCACUCCUGAGCUUUAGCCAUCCAGCCAUUCGUGCCUUCUCCACAUAAAGACAUGGACUUCUCCUUAGUCCUUCACCUGUUCAUGACAGGCAAGCUCAAAAUUUACAUAGAAAGCCAUCAGUGUCACCAACAGAGAAGACUUGCACCUUUAUCUAAAAUGUAACUUAUUUAUUUAUUUAUUUAGACUGCACAAAAGCAAUGGGGAAAUAUAUUGGUGUAAGAUUGUAUAUUGGUGGGAGAUUGUACAGGAAGAGGCUGGGGAGGAAAGUUUCCUUACAGAACUUGAUGCACUCCAGACAGUGUAACCUUCCCAGUUCUAAUGUAGCACACACACAUAUCUCACACACAAGUUUCAUCAUCUCCAACCUCUUUGCCAACCACUGAGCUUUACAUCGGUAUGAGACAACAGCCUGACCUAAACUACAACAUCAAGGCUGAAUCACUAUGGAGGUCGCAGGACUUCUGUACAUUUUAUUUCCUUUUGCUGAGGUGCUUUGGGCACCACAUGUUACUUGUAACAUUGACAGUCAGAUUUCUGGUUUCUGUUUUCUCUAAUGGGAGCAGGGGAGGGACUGCCUCGACUCUUUAAAAACUGAAAUAUAAAGAUUCAUUGAGCAGAACUCCAAAUCAUACCUGUGGAGCUGAGAUGCUGUGGGUUACUCUG